AUGCCUGAAAUUUCAAACCAGGCAUUGUUUGACGCCAUUGAUGCAAAUGAUCUUAGGAGGGUUCAACAAGCUUUGGCAGAUGGAAUCAAUGCAAAUGCCCAAGACGGAGAUAGAAACACAGCUCUCAUGGAGGCGGCCAGAAUCGCUACCGAGAAAAACGAUCUAAAAAUAAUGGAGGUGCUACUCGAAAAUGGAGCCGACCCAAAUCUUGAGUCAGGACGUUCUGGUGCACCAAUACACCAUGCGGCAUACUACAAUGCAAGCACAGAUCUGCUACAGCUACAGCUGAAAAAAGGGGCCAAUGUGAAUCUGCAGAAACAAUUCAAUUCAUCGACGCCCCUUUCCAAGGCUGUCGAGGGCAGGAAUUUUGAAGUAACACGACUUUUGCUGGAACAUGGCGCCGACCCUAAUCUCGAAGUUGAACAUGAUGGUGCCACCCUCCACAUUGCAUCAUACCGUGGUUGCGGCGAUGAGAUCAUAAAUUUGCUGCUGGCAAACAAAGCAAAUAUCAAUAUGAAGAGGUCCAGCGAUGGAGUUACACCUCUUUAUGAGGCAGCAAGAGGUAGAGAACUCAAAAUCGCCAAGAAGUUGCUCAAAGAAGACUCGGAUCUAAGAAUCGCCAAUAAUGAGAGAGAAAAAUUUCUGCACCAUGCUGUUAGAUAUAGGACAUUGGAGUUUCUGGAUCUAUUCAAAUGGAGAAAUGAGUGUCCAAUUGACGUCAAUUCGAUGACAAGCGAUAACGAAACACCAUUGAUGUUUGCGGCAAAAGCUGGGUGA